UUUUUCUCUUCAUUGCAAAACAACGCCUCCAUAGGAUAUAAGAAGCCUCACCAGAAAUGAAUAAYACCACCAAAGUGCCACCAUUCAGAAACAUCGACGAAACUCCAUUAGGAUAUCGUAUAGCAACCGGGAUCAUUGGUGUGCUAACACUUUUGACCAAUACAGUGCUUAUAAUAGUACUGCUGAGGCUACGUGGAAUGUUGGCCAAACCAUACAAUAUUCUUGUCUUGAACCUGGCUGUUAUUGAUGCUUUAACAGGGGUGACGAAAAGACAUGCAAGACUUUCCGAGACCGGGAUUCUCAUCUUUAUAACCCCCAACAUGGUGAUCCCUAGUACUUACUUCCCGUCGUCCUUGAUAUUCAACGAUGGAUACUGUUCUCUGAUUGGUUCGCAUUAUUUCGUCAUAGCAUUCGGCAAAGCCUCCAUCCUAACAGUCACGUGCCUGGCRYUGAAUCGAUGGCUAUCRGUGAUUUACCCAAUGAAAUACAAGCUUUCCUUCACCAAUAAGAAAGCCUGUAUUUACAUCGCUACUAUCUGGAUCGUCAUCUUGGCAGUAAGUACAGGUAGACCUAAACUUUUUGUCAUGACAACUAAGGGUGGAACCAAGUGCACUUCARUGCRACCCUAUCCAUGGCCAUGGACYGUCCGUAUAACAACAGAGAUCACUUACACAGUCKUGACCUUUUUUCUUCCUAUGACCAUUUGCUGGAUGAUGUUCGCACACAUUUACUUUAAGAUAGGCAAAUCGUUGAACAAUGGGUGUGCAACAGAUAGAGCGAAGAUGGGGCUACUGCGCAUGUGUGUGAUGACCGCUUUGGCCAUGACUAUCUGUUGGGCUCCAAGUGAGGUAUAUCUUAUAGUAGCUCUGUCUGUAAGAAACAACRAUGUUCUUGCUCCAGAAUUAAGGCAUCAACUACACAACAUCAUGAAGGUCAUCGGAUUGUUUAACAGCUGUGUGAACCCGUUUAUCUACUGUCUUAGUAACARGACGUACAGAGAAAAGUUGUUUGGGUUCUUCUCGUCCAUUUGAUUCCCUGGCAAGAGGAUGAUGGAGAAGAAUAAGACAGAGUCCCAAAAAGCAAAGCUUCUGGGUUAUUUGCCGAAUAACAAUUCAUUAAUCUAAAACUGACUAUCUCUUUUAUCUUAUCAAACUAAAUCCGUUAAAGGUAUUCGAUUCAAAUCUAAAAAUCAAACUCAGAGACCGUUUUAUUAUACAUUUUGUAAACAAAGAAAAAUAA